AUAUCAGUUGGUACUGAUAACACUGAUAGCCUUUAGGCUAUACCAAACUUUUUGAUUGUAUGAGUAGGUAGGGUCGUUUCCAGUCACCUUAAACUCCUAUUUACCAGCUAAUUAAUAUUAAGCAGGUUUUAGGCAAUAAGACCUGCCCGCCCUCGCUUGCCCCGACGCGGAUACAGACAGCAUCCACCAGCGCAACAUUUCAUUUGGGCAUCUCAUCAGAGUCGUUGCUGUGUCGCGGAAGUCUCUUUCGAUCUCUGAAAAGGAAAAUGGCAUUGAGAGGACCACUUUCCCGUCUUCUCAGAGCUCAGUUCAGCCACACUUGCCAGCAAAGCAGAGAUCAGUCAGUGGCUAUUCUAGGCGCCCCGUUCUCAAGAGGACAGAAAAGAAGAGGAGUGGAGCACGGGCCUAAAGUCAUCAGAGAUGCGGGUCUCAUCGAGAGGCUGUCCAGUUUAGACUAUUCUGUCCACGACUUUGGCGACCUCAGCUUCCACCUCCUUGAGAAAGAUGAGCCCUACAUGGAUGUGAAGUUUCCUCGAACUGUGGGUGCUGCAAAUAAGAUGCUGUCCGGCGCAGUGAGCAGAGCUGUGGGUGCUGGUCAUACCUUCCUCAUGCUGGGAGGUGACCACAGCCUUGCUAUUGGAUCAGUGAGUGGCCACGCCCAGCAGUGUCCUGACCUAUGUCUCAUCUGGGUCGACGCUCAUGCAGACAUAAACACGCCCAUGACUUCGCCGUCAGGAAACCUUCAUGGCCAGCCUGUGGCGUUCAUGCUGAAAGAGCUGCAAGACAAGAUGCCAGAUAUUCCCGGGUUCUCAUGGACUAAGCCAUUCCUUUCUUCGUGUGACCUGGUGUACAUCGGGCUGCGGGACGUUGACCCUGGAGAGUACCACAUCCUGAAGAAUCUGGGCAUUCAGUACUUCACUAUGAGGGAUAUCGACAGACUUGGCAUCCAAAGGGUCAUGGAAGUCACUCUUGACCAUCUUCUGGCAAGAAAGCAGCGACCGAUCCACUUGAGCUUUGACAUAGACGCUUUCGACCCAUCCCUGGCCCCCGCCACAGGAACGCCAGUAAACGGAGGUUUGACCUACAGAGAGGGAAUCUACAUCACAGAGGAAAUUCACAACACAGGUCUGCUGUCAGCCAUGGACCUGGUAGAAGUAAACCCCAUCCUGGGGGCAAGCCCUGAAGCAGUGGAGGCCACCGCUUCACUAGCGGUGGACGUCAUCGCGUCGUCACUCGGACAGACGAGAGAAGGCGCUCACGCAUCCAUUGAUGCAAUACCCACUGAGAAAAACGACACAGAGCAGCUUUGCCUCUGAGCGUGAAGCACAUUUAUGAACUUUGUCAUGCCUGACCAUUCCACUUUUUUCCUGUUUACUGUUAUCUUUAAAUCCCGUAAACAAAAUAACGCCUGCAUUCAUGAAACAAUGAGAAGGCUCCACAUCGCUCAUAUUGGUCAUGCUUAGACAAGCCUUCGACAUAAUUUAGAAACCACUGCACUUAUUAAUGGGACUACUACUAAUCGAAAAGGCAAUACUAAUUUAUUUUGUUACUGUGCGUCAUUAAGUGUGCCACAUAUGUAUCAGGUUUUUGGUUUUUAAGGAGAAUGUACCUGCCUCAGAGGCAAGAAAAAGUUUGACUUUGUUUGACGUUCACAGUCUAAUGUGGACUUCGUGGCAUUUUGUGGCUGUGCCAGUUAGUUUGAAACUAGUAAUGACACUUUGGACCAGCUGUGGUUACUGUAUUUUCUUUAGAGUUUUUUGUCCAAUCAAAGAAAAAAAAAAAAAAAAAAAAGGGAGAAAAAAACAUGCUGUUGACUGAAGUUUUGACAAAAAAAGUAUUAACAUGACAACACUUGUACUGGUUUAUUGUUUGUUCUUUAUUUAACUUGUUGAAUGAUUAUUGUCCUUGUUACAAGGAGCUUCUAUCUUGGUCUUCCAUAAAUGUGAUAUUUUUA